AUGCCUUACCUCGUCCACACGGCUCACGCCCAGUUCGUGGCUCUCUGGCUCGGGGCGGUCGGCUGGAUCCUCAUCAUAGUGACCGUCGGGCUGGUGGAGUGGCGGGUUUGGGAAGUGUCUGACCUGUCUGUCAUCACCUCCGGUCUGGCUUGGGUGGGUAUUUGGAGAGUGUGUUUUUAUAGUCACGUUCUGAUCUUAUCCAACAAUCAGAUCAUGUUCUGUCAGAGGAUUCAUUUGUCGGAGUCGUUCACGCCACCGGAAAUCGCCACGGCACAGGUGCUCAUGCUAGUGGCGCUGAUUCUGGGGCUCAUGGGAAACGCCAGCGUUGUUUACGGCCUCAGGAACGUUUACUUCGGACUGAACACGUUUAAAGCCAUCAGACUGGCGUUUUACGCCGGCGGGGUUUUGUUCAUCCUCACCGCGGCUGCUGCGCUCGUUCCCGUGUGCUGGAACCUCCAUUCGGUCGUGAACAAUCAGACUAUAACAUUCCCAGCUGCGUUUCUCAUGCCUCCCGCUCCUGCAAACCAGUCUGUUGGACCUGGUAUCAUCGUGGGGAUUUUUGCAUCCGUCCUGUUGGUCAGUAGCGGGGUGGUCUUUCUGUCCUACAGGGUCCCGGUCAUGCUGGAGCCCAAAGUGAGGCCCUCAUGGCCCGGAGAAGGAUGCUCGGGAACCCGUGUGAACCCCCAGGGAAUUGACAAUCCAGCUUUCCAAACACAUCCAUUCUGAAAUCCAGUUUUUAGGAUGGAUGUGAAUGUGUGAUGACCAUCAGUAGCUAAUUAUGAUGCUGUAACUUUUACUGUACAAACACUGCCAGACCCAGGAGACCCUCAUAAUCAAAUAAUACUAAUAAUGUGCAAACUAUAUUUUCCAGAAAAUAAGUCAGCAAUGUAGCAAAUUUACAUCCUUAAAAGGAAAAACACACACAUUUUAUUAUUAUCUACUUUUGUAAAAUACUGGUAGGCCUAAAUAAAAUGAAACAUUUACAGACAUUAAACACUAAAAACUUAUUUUAUUUCCCCUCAUUCCACAACAAAUUCUCAGGAACAGAUCAGGAAUGAAAAAUAUAAGUAGGCCUAUAAUGGCAUUCAUUAUAAACAACAUUUCUUAUAAACGCCACGAAUACAAAGUCACUUUGGAAUAUAAGUCGCACGUUUCAAAUAAGAAAAAAAACAGGACUUAUAUUAUGGAAAAUGGUAUCUGUUUACAUACUUUCUGCAUUGAAUUUUGCCAUUGUUUUUGUGCUUUUAUCUCGGGGUUUUUGUAUAAUGUAUUUGAAUUGUUUAAACGGUCUGUCAUUGAGAUGUGUAUUAUUAAAAGACUUUAUGGCAGAUAA